ACUAAUAUCCUUACUUCCAACCUACUGUCUUGAAUAGAUUUAGAUUAAAUGUAGGUCUUGUCAGAAUUCAGUGACAAGCAUUUAAUCAGUCUACUACUACAGGUUGGAGCUCCUUAUUCUGGCACUCUUGGGACCUGACUGAUCCUGGAUGAGGGAGUCUUCCUGAACAGAGAAGGUCAUUUCUGGACCCUCUGAACCUCCCUGUCUGCUCCUACACAGGCUUCUUGGCUUCCCUCGCAACCCAGCUGGACUGUGUUUUGCCCCCACCCUGCAUAGUGCCAGGCUCCCAACCCCACUCCCAGCCCCUGCAGUGUGCCGGGUCUCUGAUACUGGAACUAUUGCCUGUCCAGAGAGCUCCAGUUUAGAGAUACAACUUGUACUGUUAUUAUUUGUAUGCUUAGCUAACAGCAGUACAAAGGGAAAAUGCCAUAAGGAACAGUUGUAGGGCAUGCAUUUUACUGAUUGGCAGCCAUAGAUGUUGAAUGGUGCCCUCCUAGUCUGAAUUUAUUAGGUUGGGAAAUUGCUGGCAGCAUAAAUCUUAAGUAUUUACAAAAGAGAAAGUUUAUAAAAUGACUUGUGUUUUGUUCCAACAGUGGCAUUUCUGAACUAAGAUGUGAAAUUAAUCAUUGUGCAUAAGAAGAGGAAAUAUGUGAAUUGGUUACAAACUUUCACAUCUGGAAACGUUCUCUAUUGCACUUGAAAUGAAAAGCGCAUUUUUCUUCUGGUUAUAAAGAGAAGGCUCCCUAGAAACCCAUAUGAGUGAGGCCCCACUCUGCAAUGGAAUCCUGGCCUACCCUGGCCUGGGUUUUGCUACUUAGUCUGAUCGCUGACUGUCUGAAAGCAGUUCAACCUAGAGACUUUACAGUGAAAGAUAUUAUCUACCUUCAUCCUUCAACCACACCAUAUCCUGGUGGAUUUAAAUGUUUCACCUGUGAAAAGGCAGCAGACAAUUAUGAAUGCAAUCGCUGGGCUCCAGAUAUCUAUUGUCCACAAGGGACAAGAUACUGCUACACUCAACACACACUGGCAGCCAAUGGAGAAAGUAUAUCUGUCACCAAGCGCUGUGUGCCACUAGAGGACUGUUUGUCUACUGGAUGCAUAGAUUCAAAAUAUGAAGGAUACAAGAUCUGUACUUCCUGCUGUGAAGGAAAUAUCUGCAACUUGCCAUUACCCAGAAAUGCAACUGAUGCAAUAUUUGCAACAACGUCCCCUAUAAAUCAGACAAAAAGACUUUCCCAACAUAUAUCUAUAAUAACAUCAUGUCUCCUGUUGGUAUUCACUUCAUAGUGAUGCCAUUCAUGUUAUUGGAAAAGCAUAAUGGGAUGAAAACUUUAGUGUCAAUAUGUGAUGUUAUCUUAAUGUAUUUUCAAAAUCAUGAUAUUUCAGUUACAUUCCCAAAAUUUCAUUUCUUCUUAAUUAUUUUUUGCUGAUUUUGGUUGUCACUGCACCUAAAUAUUGUUGAAGUGUAGUCUCCUGAAGGGAAGAAAAAUCCCAGUUGUUUUCACUUUUUCUUUUGAAUAGAAAUACAUCUGAAAUCUCUUCAAAGCUAGUGGGUCACCCAUAUAUACUACUACAUGGAAUAUCCUUGAAAUUCAUCCUCUAUGAAGUGGUAAUAUUUGUUUUAAAAAAAUGCAGCUAUGGAAUCAUAUAAUUUGCUUAUUUGAAGCUCUCUCAUGAGGGGUAUUUAUUUACUGAUGUGAAACAGAAUAAUUUGAUUAUCAUAUCACUCAUUAGCACUUUCCUGAUUGGUUUGGAAACCUCACAAUAGCUAAUCUAACCUUUCCACUUUAGAUGCCUGCCCUGCCAUUUUUUUUUUACACACUACAAACUUCCAAUGGGUUUGCUGCUUUUCUCACUUACAUGAUAUAAAUGAGGUCAAUGGCGUUCUACCAGUAUAAAAGAGUAUCAUUGGAGGAGAACUGGUCCAAUGCAAGAUUGAACAAGUUUCAGCUGUUCACAGAUACCUUUUAUGAAGCAGUCCGUCAAUAGUGAAAAUAUUUUUUUUCUGCAUGAGAACCUUGGUGGGGGAAGAAACCUCUACAUCUGACUUGAAAAUGUUUGGAUAUGAUGCUGAGCAUGCUGUUACUAUUUAUCAAAACUCCUCCAUUCUGUAGAGAAUGACAUCAUACCCCAUUUUGUAAAUCAAACCUCAGAUAUUCUAAAGACCUUAGGGUAUGUCUACACUAGCCCCCUAGUUCGAACUAGGGAGGCUAAUUUAGG